UAGAGCAUGUUAUGUCAACAAACAGAUCGUGUACGUGGGACCACGUUUGUCAGCUGUUUCGUUUCAUAAACUUAAAUAUGGUUUUCAUACUUGUCCCUGUUUUUUACCUUCUUUUUUUAUGCAGCCAAAUAUCUUGUUCUGAAGAAGAACCUUAUGAUGAAGUUGCCAAAUUUGAAGAAGUCUUGGAAGAAAGAUCGGCAUUCGUUGUAUUAUUUACUGAAGAGUGCUGUGCCUGCACAGAAUGUGUUGAAGCAGAAGUUUUAAUGGGAGGAAUGAGUCAGGAGUUGGAAAACACUUUGGGUAUAUUUGUCGUGAGGCUGAAAAAACCCGAUCUGAGACCCCGCUAUGGCAUUAAAACAGUGCCCGCGUUAAUCUUUAUUCGUGAUGAUAAAAUCGCAACGUUUGAUGGCAAGUUUGAAAUAGAAGAAGUUUACUCUUGGUUGGAACAAAAUAGGAACCCGGCUACUGUCGAUUUGGAUGAUGAAUCUUUUGAGCAUCUGACACAAGCUGCUACUGGUGCAACUACUGGUGACUGGCUAGUUAUUUUCCACGAUGGAAAAUGCUGCAAAAAUAGAGAGCUGAUACAUUUAGAAAAUGCUGGCAUAAAGCUGAAAAAUAAAGUUAAUGUAGCUAGUGUUGAUAUCACUGCAGCUCCUGAAACUGCGAAAAGAUUCAAAAUUACCUCUUGUCCAAGCAUUAUCUUUUUUCGGCAUCAAAAAAUGUACCGUUAUAGCUUAUCAGAAAUCUCUGCAAGUACUUUAAAAAGAUUUGCCUUGGGCUUCUAUAAAAACUCAAAAGCUGAAAAUGUACAAUUGCCUCAAACAGCAUUUGAUAAGUUGUUAGACAAAACAAUUGAAUUUUACAGUGAUUACUGGUACUCUUUACUAGUGAUCUUAGCACUUACAACUGUUUUUACAACAACUUUGUUAAUUUGUGCAGUUAUUAAACCAUCACCGAGAAAGAAGGCAGAAUAAUUACCUACUUAAUCUAUUCCAAUGUUUGUGAUAAAAAUAUAUGAAGAAAUUCAAUUUUAAGUGAUUUUUGCAUGUAAUAACUGAUAAUGGGUGUGUUGUUCAUAAAUACCUAUUAAAAUUUUGUAUUUAUAUUUUAAA